CCUGCCUCAGACACUGUCACGCUGGGCCCGGCUCAGGCAGCGCCUCCUGGCACCCACAGCUCCCCCCAGUCCUGGCAGCACCGUGGGUCCGGCUGCCGGGUGCUCCUCCCCAGGGGCAGCCGCAGUGGGGCUGUGGCAGAGGUGGGACAUUGGCCCUGGUUGAAGCAGAAGCAGGAGAAGUGGCAGUGCUGAUCCCCAGGGAUUACCCAGAACGAAGCAGGACGUGGCAUGGACGGGGCCGCGGCGCCCGCCCGCCCCGCGGGGCUCUGCGCCUUCGUGGCGGUGUCGCAGGCGCUGGGGCUGGCGCUGCUGCUCACCACGGGGGCCUGGCUCGGGCGGUACCGCGGCGGCCUGGGCUGGCAGAGCGCCCUGCAGCUGAACGUGCACCCGCUCUGCAUGGUGCUGGGCUUGGUCUUCCUCCAGGGUGACGCUCUCCUCGUGUACCGCGUGUUCAGGAACGAACCCAAGCGAUCCACCAAGGCGCUGCACGCACUGCUCCAUGGCUUGGCGCUGCUCAUCGCCCUCGUCGGCAUCAUCGCAGUGUUCGAGUCCCACCGGGCCAAGGGCAUCCCCAACAUGUACAGCCUGCACAGCUGGUGCGGGAUGGCCACCUUCGUGCUCUACCUCCUGCAGUGGCUCCUGGGCUGUGGUUUCUUCCUGCUCCCCGGUGCCUCCUUCUCGCUGCGGGGCCGCUACAAGCCUCAGCACAUCUUCAUCGGCAUCGCCCUCUUUGCCCUCUCCAUCACCUCCUGCUUGCUGGGCAUCACCGAGAUGCUCCUCUUCAACAUCAGGGACUCCUACAGCCGCUUUGUGCCCGAGGGCGUCCUGGCCAACACCCUGGGGGUGCUGCUGGUGGCCUUCGGGCUCGUGGUGGGCUACGUCUUGACACGGGAUGAGUGGAAGCGCCCGCCCCUUGCCGAGGAAUUGGCCCUCUCCAUGGACUUCAAGACCCUGACGGAGGGGGAGAGCCCCGGUGGUGGCAGCCAGUGAUGCCCCUGGCUCCUACGGGAUGUUUCCCAUGUGCCCUGGGG